UGCAGAGGCUUCUCAGCACGACUAGCUCCAACUCACACACACAGAGCUCUGGUGGGGGAAACCCAAGCCUCUAGAAGGAUCAAAGGUCGGUGUGGGGAAGACCCCCACAGCAGACUGUCCCCCUCACUGCAGAAGUGGUGUAUGCAUAAGAGCAGCUGUACUACAGUGAGGAGGAGGAAGCUUUGUUUACCAGCCUGGGAAGGAAACGUUAUAAAGCCUUUGUCUUGGAAAUAAGCAUCUCAUCUUUGCUGCUGCCACUGCUCCAAUGUGCUGCUGGUGGCGGUGAAAUUAGCAUUUGGGGCUGUGGUUUUUUCUUUCCCUUUUUGGCUAUUCCGGCAUGUCUUGAUAAAGCUGCAAACGGAUUGUCAUUUUAAUCUAUUUUCAACGGACGUCUGACUAUAACGAUAGCAUUUGAUGUUUGAGACUUCUUUGUCUGUAUGUAUGUGUGCGAAAUUCACAUGAUCUCAGUUUAAGGGAGGAAGAACUGGAAGAAAGGAGCAGUUGUAUUGGUUUUUCUUCUUGGUGGGUCAGCCCUUCUGGAUGGUAGAAGUUGGUCUUUUGAGCACACUGUCAAGCACAUAUACAACAAGGGGUUUGAGUAGUUUUUUCCUGUGAUUUGUUUUUGCCGUGAUCAGAGUGCAGAAAUAACUACUUUUUUCCUGAUUUGCUGGUUUGCAUUAAGGCAGCGGGAAUAUGCUCUUGAAGGAGUACCGGAUCUGCAUGCCUUUGACAGUUGAAGAGUACAGAAUUGGACAGCUGUACAUGAUCAGUAAGCACAGUCACGAACAGAGUGACCGAGGGGAGGGCGUGGAAGUCGUGCAGAAUGAACCCUACGAAGAUCCAAAUUAUGGAAACGGUCAACUAACAGAAAAACGGGUCUAUCUCAAUAGCAAGCUACCUAGCUGGGCUAGAGCAGUCGUUCCCAGGAUAUUUUAUGUUACAGAGAAGGCUUGGAAUUAUUACCCUUACACAAUCACAGAAUACACAUGCUCAUUUUUGCCUAAAUUCUCCAUUCAUAUAGAAACAAAAUACGAAGACAACAAAGGAAGUAAUGACAGUAUUUUUGACAAGGAAGCUAAAGACCUCGAGCGAGAAGUCUGCUUUAUUGAUAUUGCCUGCGAUGAAAUACCUGAGCGCUAUUAUAAAGAGUCAGAGGAUCCUAAACAUUUCAAGUCACAGAAGACUGGCAGAGGCCUGCUAAAAGAAGGCUGGAGAGACACUCAACAACCAAUCAUGUGCUCCUACAAACUGGUGACUGUGAAAUUUGAAGUCUGGGGACUUCAAACCAGAGUAGAACAAUUCGUACACAAGGUGGUCAGAGACAUAUUACUGAUUGGUCACAGACAGGCUUUUGCGUGGGUUGAUGAGUGGUACGAUAUGACUAUGGAUGAUGUUCGAGAAUACGAGAAAAAUAUGCAUGAGAAAACCAACAUUAAAGUUUGCAGUCAACAUUCAUCUACUGUGGAUGAAAUAGAGAGCCAUGCCAAAGAAAGAACAUGACAAUGGAUGAAGUCCGAGAGUUUGAACGAGCAACUCAGGAAGCCACCAACAAGAAAAUUGGGAUUUUCCCACCUACAAUAUCUAUCUCUAACAUAUCCCUGCCUUCUUCAACCCGUAGUGCAC